AUGCCAAAGACAAGCAACGGCGAAACACCGUUCAACCUAGUAUAUGGAUCCAAGGCAGUGAUACCUGCGGAAAUCGGCUUGACAUCCCCAAGGAUGCUAUCUAUGAACGCCAUCAAUAAAGAAGAAGAAAGAAGGUUAGAUCUGGACCUUCUAGAAAAAAGAAGAGAAAUAGAAGCAAUCAAGGAGGCAAAAUACAAAACCAAGCUGGAGAAAUACUACAAUAGUAAGGUUAGAGUCUGCACUUUCAACCUUGGAGAUUACGUCGUAAGAGACAACGAAGCAUCAAAUGCCGAAAGACCAGGUAAACUGGCUCCAAAAUAG